AUGAAAGGGCAGCUCUGGUGGCGAUCCUUGUGCCUGCUGAAGGAGCUCGAGAGCGGCUGCAGGACGGAUGCGGUUUCUUACCUCGCAGCUUUGACUUCGUUGUCCUCCUGUUGGGUCGAGUCUUUGGCCUUGCUGCAGGACCAAAGCCUGCGUCUGGGACUGUCACUCCAAGCGGCCGUGGCGACUUUGGGCGCCGGGGCCCGCAGCAGGUGCUGGCGCUUAGCACUGGCCUUCCUGUCGCUGCUUCCGCAGCAGCGGAUACGGACCACCGCAGUGGCGCACGGCAUUGCGGAAGCUGCAGGACCCUGGCACCGUGCGACAUCCUUGACAGCUGCCGUGUCGUCUUCCAGGGAAGGAGAUUGGCAAUACAUCAGCAGCCUGCUGCAGAUGAUGCGACAGGCACAAGUACGGAGAAAUGCGUUCAUUUUCAGCUCUGCCAUUUCAGCGCAGUCCAAGGCAGCUCGCUGGGGGGAG